GAAGAGUUCGCCGGUUCUGCGUCCGCCGCGGGGUCUGCCGUGGAAUCCUCCGCGGAGGACCUCGCCGUCCUCUUCGCGCAUCCGUGGGCGGCUGCCGGCGCUGCCUGCGUCGCAGUCGCGGCGGCGCUGCUCUAGGCGUAGGCAGACGUCUUUUGUUUUUGUGCCGGUCGGGAGGCAAGGCGCGGUGCCCGGCGCCAGGAGGAGACUGCGGGACACCAGCGAGGCGCACAGCAUGCGCCGUGGCCUGCACACCUCUGCACCGCCUCCGGUUGGUGUAUUAGGUGUGGGCACUCUGGGUCGCUUGUAUUUUUUGAUUUGA